UUCUCCGGAACCCUUUUCACUAUUCUCCAUUAAUGGCAGGAUAUUCUGAUCAGAUGACCUAAGCAACAAUUAACAGAGCCUUGGGAGGGCUCCACUGGACACAGGUCAUCUUUGCAGCUUAUUAGGGUUACAACUCAGAGAGCUGAUAUGACCGACCGCCAAUCAGGUAUUCUCGGACUGCCCAGAGAGCAAGCCCAGGCAGGAGGAGGCUGUGUGUGAUCGCCUGGAAGGUUCCCUGCCAGUCCAGGUCCGCUGCUGCGCAGCUGAGGUUUCAGGUUUCAAUUCUCCCAGGCUUGCGAGACCUUGCAGCGUGCACCGCGCGGCUGCUGCCUCCGCCUCCACUCGCCACGCCAAGCAGCUCCUGAACAAUCGUUGCAGAAGCGGGGCCGCGCACUCAGCCUGCUCUAGACUGAGGUUGGGCGAAACAGCAGAGGUUGCUUCUGAGCCGUGCUAACUGUGCGUGCUGGGAGGCGGCGGUCACAACUGGGCCGGGACUUCCUUCCUCCACGGCAGGACAACAAACAACCGCCUGCAGGCACUGUGCUCUUGGCAGCUGCCGGGGCGAGAGGCGCAGCGAUGGGCUCCGUGCUGAGCAGCGAAACUGGCAAGUCUGCUCCUUCCUCUGCCACCCCACGGGCCCUGGAGCGCAAGGGGGACCCGGAGCUGCCCCUCACUUCUUUCGACUGCUCCGUGUGCCUUGAGGUGUUGCACCAGCCUGUCCGGACUCGCUGUGGCCACGUAUUCUGUCGUUCCUGUAUUGCUACCAGUCUAAAAAACAAUAAGUGGACCUGUCCUUAUUGCCGGGCAUAUUUGCCUUCAGAAGGAGUUCCAGCAACUGAUGUAGCCAAGAGAAUGAAAUCAGAAUACCAGAACUGCACCGAGUGUGACACCCUGGUUUGCCUCAGUGAGAUGAGAGCACACAUAAGGAUGUGUCAGAAGUACAUCGAUAAGUUUGGACCACUGCAAGAACUUGGGGAGACAGCAACAAGGUGUGUAUGUCCAUUUUGUCAGAGGGAGUUGGAUGAAGACAGCCUUCUGGAUCACUGUAUUACUCAUCACAGAUCAGAAAGGAGGCCUGUGUUCUGUCCACUCUGCCGUUUAAUACCUAACGAGAAUGCAGACAGCUUUAAUGGCAGUUUAAUAAGACAUUUGCAAGUUAGUCACACUUUGUUUUAUGAUGAUUUCAUAGAUUUUAAUAUAAUUGAAGAAGCUCUCAUUCGAAGAGUCUUGGACCGGUCACUUCUUGAAUAUGUGAAUCACUCAAGCACCACGUAAUUGUAUUAAAGGCAAAGGGAAGUACACAGUUGUGUUGUACCGCUAAGAUGCUGCUUGAACACCUGGAGGGAAAUUGUCAAUGUGCAACGGGCAAAAUGUACAACACAGUUAUCUGUUGGCCCGUGUUUAUUGUUAUUUUGCAUCUAAAAUUGCUUUCAUUUU